GCGUCUCUGAGAGAUUGACUUUUAAAGAAACAGGUUUUGAAUUUGGGGAUCACAUCCUGGUAUCCCCCCACCCUCUUCCACUUGGUGACUUCUAGGGACCAGCGCACUCUGCGCUUUGGAGUUUCUUGUUGCAAAGCGCUCUUGACCGGGUGUUUGCUUCAUGUGUGUUGUGAUAGGCGGUUCUGUUUCUCCUUUUUGUCCAAAAAUGACCCGCGAAGUAACGUUGUUAACUAAAUAUAGAGGGGUCUGCUAGUGUCACCCGGUUAUUCACUUUUUGUUUUGGUUUCUGCUAGGCCGCGUUCACAUUUACUCCCAGUACCUUUCUUACAUUUCUUAUAUCUGAUUUCUUUAUGGGGGGAAAAAACACAAAAAAGCAUGAAUGAAGGCAAUGUUUAAUAUCACUACACUUUUGAUUUCUCUUAAUUACAGACUUUGUUUACUAAAACAUGAGGUCCCUUUUGAAGCAGUCGUUUGGAGAACAGAUGUUUUUAUGAAAGUAUUUCCGUUUGCUGUUACCAUAUUGAGGUCAUUCGACUGGAGUUUUUACUGCUCCAAAAUCAGUUUUUUCAACGAAUUCCAGUUUUGUGAUCAAAGUUUACGUGAGAUGGAAGAUUUCCGAGGAAUAGCUGAAGAGUCAUUUCCAAGCUUUUUAACCAAUUCAUUACUUGGUAAUAGUGAGAUUUUGAAAGAUGUCACUCUUUCUUCAAAUCUUGGCUUGCCUGUUGCUGUUUCAACACUUGCUAGAAAUAGAUCCAGUGCUGACAACAGGUAUUCUGAUAUCCAGGCAUCUUAUUUAGUAGAAGGGAAGUUUUCAGUUCCAUCUGAAUCAUCUCCCAGUAGCCAGAGUGAAGCUGACCCAAGAGAGAAGUUACAGCUUAGCUUCCAGGAUGAUGAUUCUAUCUCUAAGAAAAAGAAUAUAGAAAGUCAGCAUUUGUCAGUUGCUGUUCUUGAAGAGUCUACUUUGCAAAGUGAUAUGGCAAGAACAGAAGAGAAGCAAGCUAAAACUGCAAAACCCUUUCAGAGCCAAGAUCCUGUUGAUAGGAUUUCACCACUGGAACAAAUGCAAGACUCACCUGUUGAUUUUUGUUUACAACCAUGGAUGAAUAAUAAGGAGAACAAGAUGAUUGUUCCUCUUGCUGGAAAACAUUUUGAAGACAAGAAUCCACACAAUGACUUAAGCCACACUAGUUUAUUAGAAAAUGAGAAACUUACAUCACUGACAAGCUUGGAGGAUUCUUCUGAUGAUGAUAUUGAUGAUGAAGAGUUUUAUGAUGAACAUUUGGAGGCUUACUUUGAGCAAUUGGCUAUUCCAGGAAUGAUAUAUGAAGACCUAGAACAGGAACAUCCAGAAAAAGAUUUUAAAUUACCUACAAGUGAUCCAUGUCAGGCAAAUGAAAAUGGUAGCUAUAAAUCUCAAUCAGAAAAUAACAGCUCUCUGAUUUCCCAUGGCUUACACUCUUCAGGAAAUUCUGAAACAACCCACAAAGAGUCUGAAGUAGGCCAUGUUGUUUGUCUGCCUGGGACCAGUAAUUUUGUAGAUACUGGAGAUAGUAGAAGGCAUAUAGAUGGUGUAUUAUCAUGUUCUUCUAGUACUCAGAGAAUUGAACAAGAGAAAGAAAGGGCAGACAGUUUGAAGGGUAUUGUCCCACAUCAUGGCAGAGAAAGCACAAGAGAAGAAGUUCCUGUGAAGACUAUCCAGGCUACUAAUGCGAAACUUAACCCUGUUUGUUUUCAUGACACAAAUGCCAGUAAAGGUGAUUUUGACUUAAUGGACCCUUUGAAACUGGAGGCCGGGUCUCUUCAUCAAAAUAAGCAUUUGGCAUCUGAUUCAGAAAGAGUUUUGCCCGUGGAUAGAUGUUUAGACACUGAAACGCCUGAAGUGUCCAUUCAAAAAUAUGUGGACAUAGCAUCUUUGAAGCCUGUUAGUGACAGUGAAAUUAAUUCCACUGAUAGUCUUCGGUCACCAACUAGUGAAAGGCGAACAUGUAAUUAUUAUAAGUCCAUUAAAAAGAGUAAAGAGGAUACAGAUCUACCACAAAGUGUUGUCUAUCAAAAUGAAGAGGGCAGAUGGGUCACUGACCUUGCAUAUUAUACAUCUUUUAAUAAAGAACAAAAUUUAAAUGUGUCUCUAACUGACGAGAUGAAUGAAGACUUCAGAUCUGGUUCUGAAGCACUGGAUUUGAUUAAUCAAGAUGAAGAAGAAUUUAAUAAAGAGCAUCAAUUUAUGCAGGAAGAAAAUAUAGAUGCCCAGAACACUUCAGCUGCUCUAGGGGAUACGUCUUGGGGAACUUCAAUUAAUUAUGGUUUGUUGAGGAAAUCACUUAGCACAUCAGAUUUGGACAAAGAUGAUGCCAGUUAUUUACGCCUAUCUUUAGGAGAGUUCUUUGCUCAAAGAUCUGAAGCUCUUGGUUGCCUUGGUGGCGGUUACAAUGUGAAAAGACCAUCAUUUGGUUAUUUUAUUAGAUCACCAGAGAAGAGAGAACCUGUUGCUCUCAUAAGAAAAUCUGAUGUAUCAAGAAGUAAUUUGGAAAAAGAAAUGGCUCAUCUUAACCAUGAUAUAUUUUCAGGAGACUUAAAAGCACAGCUAAAUGAAGGAUCAGUUACACUUCAGGCUGAAGAACUGGAGAGUAUUUCACAAGUGGAUGAAAGUGAUGUGACAUUAACUGCCAAUAACUGCAAAACAGAGGACAGUUUCUUCAUGAGUAGCAAACCCCGAAGAUACAAAAGCAAGCCACCCAUUGAUGGUGAUUCUGUACUUAGGAUAAGCACCAUUGCUUCAGCCAUUGCAGAUGCAUCAGUAAGUACUGAUCCUUCCCAACUUGCUGCCAUGAUCAAGGCACUUUCAAAUAAAACCAGAGAGAAGACUUUUCAGGAAGAUAAUAAACAAAAGGACUAUUCCACUGUGCCUCAUUUCUUGCCUAAUGAUACAGAAAAAAGUAAUGGAUCCAGCAUGUUUGAUAUGGAGAAAUACCUUAAAAAAACAGAAGUCAGUAGAUAUGAAGGUGGACUGGAAAACUUUUCAAGAGCUGGUACAUCUGAUCGGUGGGAUUUAUCUUUGCCAAAAGAACAGUUUACACGAGACAUCCAUACAGUGGACUUAGGUGCUGCUGAUAUAAGUAUAAAGGAACCAGAAGAAAAUACAGCAUUUACUUUUUAUGGUGAAAAUGGAGAGAGCAAGAAUCAAGAAUCAUUUAGAACAAACUGUCCAAAUUCAAUUCUUAUAAAUAGAAAAGAGAAUGAAAGUACAAUAGUUGAUGUGAAGACAUAUCCUCUUGACAACAAAUUACCAGAUAUUGGUAACUGCAAAACAGCCACCUCAGUAACAUCUAAUAGUUAUUCAUUAGUAAGGAACCCCAGGAUAGCAUCUGUUUGGCUGUCAGGAGAAUGUGAGGAAAUAACAAAUAAUAGAGAAAAUCAGAGGCAAAAUGAGUGUGUUAGUGAAGCAAGCAAUGGUGAAAAACAUGUGACUUUUGGAAAACAUUCCAUAAUUACGCCUAAAAAUGUUGAUUUGAAAAAUCACUCUCCUGAGCGUGGUGGACAUGGGUCAGAGGAUGACCAGGAUAGCUUCAGACCUUCCUCUUCUCCACUGAGUCAUUCUUCUCCUAGUGAAAUUUCUGGAACAAGUUUAUCAGGGUGUGCUUUAGAGUCUUUUGGUUCAGCAGCUCAUCAGAAGCCCCCCUGUGAGAGUGAGUCGUCUCAAUUGGUGUGUCCACAAGCUAGUGUGAGUAGGUUGACUUACAUGUCUGAACAAGAGAGCUCCUAUCCUACUACGGCCUCAGAUCAUGGCCUUGAGGGCUGCAAGAGUGAUGUCACCAGUGAAUUGAGCACCACAAUUACUCAAGCCAGUCCAAUUCCAUCAGAGGAACAGGCUGUGGAAAAACUGAGAGAAAAAGGUCCAUUUCAAAGUAGAAGUAAAGUAGCACGGUCCUAUAAUCAGAAAAACUCAGCUACAGACAAUGUGACUGAAAUGACUUCUCUGAGUAGCAGACCUGAAGAUGUAAAACCUUACUUUAGGUUGAAUAAAGAUCUCUCCUCCAGGAGUGGAGACCUAUCAGAAAUCGGUACAGUAGGACUGACCUCUCACCCCAGUGAGUUGGACCAGAUCAGCCUGGCUCUACUGAGCAAGUCAGGCGUCACCUGCCCACUUGUGUCAGCGAUGCCACACCGGCCUGGGGCACACCAGGCAUCUGUGAACAAAGGUGAGAGAGUAGCCUCUGGAGCUGCAUUAACUACCGACAGUGCAGUAAGUGGCCAGACUCCUCAGCGGAUGGCCCCGGGGAACCAGGGCGCCCCUCUUCCCAGCACUGUGUCUUGGGGCUCUGCUCCUGUGAUGCAGAAUGUGCCCACCGCACUUCCUGCGCUCUGGACUCAACAUUCUUUUACCGCAGCCCCCUUUGCCCAGCAGUAUUUGGGAACACUACCUUCAGCUGGAAAUGCUGCUCUGCCUCAGUGCCAAGCUGGCAGCGCCACUGUCUGUGGACCCUCGGGAAGCUGUCCAUACCCUGCUGCCGUAGGAGAGCACGUUCACAACUCUGUGGCCAUGGGAAUUUGUCUAGGACAAAAUACCGGCUCUGGAUUGAUGGGUCCCUCUUCCCUUUAUAACCCAUAUUCUAAUGCCUUCAAUCAGAAUCUUCUAAGUACAGCAAAACCUUUCCCUGUGCAGUCUGUUGGUACAAACUGUGGAACUGAACCAUGGGAUUCAGGAAUGCUGUCAGGAUUUGGGAAGGUAAGAGUACCUGAGGAAUUGAAGUUUCCUCAUGCUUGCUGUGUUGGCAUUGCUUCACAGACCUUCCUCAGUGUGCUUAAUCCAACUGACCGCUGGCUACAGGUCAGCAUUGGGGUUCUCACCGUUAGUGUUAAUGGUGAAAAGGUAGAUCUUUCAGUAUAUCCUUGUUUAGUCUUCAAGAAUAAAGUCAUCGUAAGACCUCAUGCCACAGAAGAGAUAAAAGUACUUUUCAUACCAUCCGAUCCUGGGAUUUUCAGAUGUAUAUUCAGUGUUGCUUCUUGGCCAUUUUCAGCGGAUGCUGAGACCAUAGCACAAGCAGAAGCCUUGGCAAGCCGAGUCAUUCUCACGGCUGUUGCCGAGACCCCUGUGAUCGAGGUAGAAACAGAAAAGAAAGAUGUUCUUGAUUUUGGCGACUUGACUUACGGUGGCUGGAAAGCUCUGCCAUUAAAAUUGAUAAACAGGACUCAUGCCGCUGUGCCAAUCAGACUUGUUAUUAGUGCUAAUGCCAUAGCCUGGCGCUGCUUCACGUUUUCCAAGGCACCCGUCCAUGCUUCUUUGAAAGCAGCUCCAUAUGCUGACGUGAUUGCUCAGCUGGCAGCUCCUUCUGUGGUCAACCACAUGAUGCCUGCUAGCUAUGAUGGGCAGGAUCCAGAAUUUCUGAUAAUUUGGGUUCUUUUCCAUGGUCCAAAGAAACAGAUCACUUCUUCAGAGAUUUUAGAUUCAGCAGAAGAGUUCUUGGCAAGAGUCGAUAUAGAAGUUGAUAGCCCAAACCCUACCCCAGUCAUUAAAAGUAUUGGUCUUCAAGCAAGAACAGGAAUAGCUAGGAUACAUGCUCCAAAAGACUUACAGACUAUGCAUUUGUUUGCCAGUAUGGCUUCCUCAACAAAGCAGCACUUACCUUUGAAAAAUGCGGGGAAUAUUGACGUUUACUUAGAUAUCAAGAUCCCAGAUCAAGGAAGUCACUUUUCAGUGGAUCCAGAGAAUCUAUUCCUUAAACCUGGAGAGGAACGCGAAGUUAUAGUCACAUUUACUCCAAAGGACUCCCAAGCCUGUGAGGAAAGGAUCUUAAAAAUAUUUGUGCAGCCAUUUGGACCUCAGUAUGAAGUGGUGUUAAAAGGUGAAGUAGUUUCUUCAGGAAACAAACCUCUGACGCCUGGCUCUCGCUGCUUAGCUGCUCCAUCGAUGUUGUCCAACAAGCAGUUUCUGGCCUGGGGGGGUGUCCCUCUUGGUAGAACACGGCUUCAGAAGCUAGCUUUACGAAAUAAUUGUACAUCUACAACCCAGCAUCUGCGACUGCUCAUUAGAGGACAAGACCAGGACUGCUUUCAGCUUCAGCAUACUUUUGGUUCAGAAGAACGACUAACCAGUAACUGUGAGAUUAGAAUGCGUCCAGAAGAAGACAUUCACAUCUCUGUGUUAUUUGCACCUACUCGAUUAUCUUGUAUGUUGGCUAAACUUGAAAUUAAACAACUGGGAAUUCACUCACAACCGGGCAUUAAGUUCACGAUACCUUUGUCUGGAUAUGGAGGAACAAGUAAUCUUAUUUUGGAAGAUGUUAAAAAGUUAUCUGACAGCUACAUGGUAACAGUGAAUGACUUAGUACCUGGCAAAGAAAGUAGAAUUGUUUUUUCUGUUCAUAACACUGGCUCUCGGGCAGCUUUUGUUAAAGCAAUAGGUUUUAAGGAUUCUCAGAAAAAAGUUUUGCUGGAUCCUAAAGUAUUAAGGAUUCUUCCAGAUAAAUUUGUGCUCAAAGAAAAAACACGAGAAGAUGUUACCAUAAUAUAUAAUCCAUCAGACAGAGAGAGCAAUUAUAUAACCACAACAGAACUGUCAACUGUAUACUUCUUUGGUGGUGAUGAAAUUUCGAGGCAGCAGUAUCGAAGGUACCUCAGACUUCAUAAUAGGACGAUCUUCCUAAUGAUGAAAAUUUGUGAAUCUGAUGGUUCUGGGAAACAUGGUGGCAAUGUUUCUUUGGAUAUUUUACCAGUUAAAGGUCCUCAGGGUUCUCCACUUCUUUCACAAGCUGUUUGCCCACCUCAAGAUAAAUCAUCCUCUAAGGAAAUGUGGACUGUCCAGCCUGAACACUUGAUUUUGAUAGCCCCUUCUUGUGAUCUGGCAAAAACUGCAUGUUUCCAGAUUUUAAAUAAUUCCGUUAGGUUACUGAAAUUUGAGUUGUACUGGCCAGCACAUUGCCUUACGGUAACACCACAACAUGGAUUUAUCCCGCCAGAGAGUAAGCUACAAAUUCUUGUGAGUCCUAAUUCCUCCUUAUCCACAAAACAUUCAAUGUUCCCAUGGAGUGGUUUAAUCUAUAUACACUGUGACAAUGGACAGAAGAAAAUUGUGAAAGUUCAAAUUCGUGAAGACUUAACCCAGAAAGAACUCCUCACUCAUUUGGCCUCCAACACAUUUGGAGUCCUUUCUCCAGGAACUGAGCCUCCAGUUAGUUACCUGGUGAAACCAAUGACAAAACCACCUUCCACAAAAGUUGAGAUAAGAAACAAGACUGUUACUUUUCCUGCAACAGAACCUGGUGAAACUUCAGAAAAUUUUCUGGAACUUGAGAAUCAUGGUAACACAGAAGUGAAGUGGCAUCUGUCAUCCUUAGCUCCACCUUAUGUCAAGGGAGUUGAUGACAGUGGAGAUGUUUUUAGAGCUACCUAUGCAGCAUUCAGAUGUUCUCCUAUUUCUGGUAUACUAGAAAGCCGUGGAAUUCGGAAGGUCUCCAUCACUUUUUUGCCCAGGGAUAGAGGGGCUUAUGCUCAGUUUUGGGAUGUUGAGUGUCACCCCCUUAAAGAGCCUCACAUGAAACAUACCCUGAGAUUUCAACUCUCUGGACAAAGUGUCAAAGCAGAAAAUGAGUCUGAAAGUUCACACAUUUCCACAAACUCCCUCAUUAAACUAGAUAAUUUAGUUAAGCCCCGAAGACAAGCUGUAUCAGAGGCUUCUGCUCCCAUACCAGGACAGCUUGACUUGACGCACCGCGGAGUUUAUGCCCCAGAAGAUGUGUACCGGUUUCUGCCUACUAGGGUUGGGGAAUCAAGGACGUUGAAAGUCAACUUGCGAAAUAAUUCUUUCAUUAUGCACUCUCUCAAGUUUUUAAGUCCCAGAGAGCCUUUCUACGUCAAACAUUCAAAAUAUUCUUUGAGGUGAGUUUAUCGUAAAUCAAAAUGUUCUCAUCCUAGUGCAGGACUGUUUUCAGGACUUCAGGAUUUCUCCUGGGAGUUGGGACUUGUGAACUCUCCCCACCUCCAUUAUAGCCCCUCAUCUCCAUCAUCAGCACCACAGAGCAUUCCUUGUCAAUUAAAAAAGAGCUGAGGAACCUGCCAGGAAAGCAUUUCAUGACUGCUUUACUAUCUGGCAACCCAAAUUUUGUGAGAGGUUUUGGAUUUAGCAUGUGAUUCCUGUUACCAGGUAUUUUGUCCAUCACAUAAGUACAUAGAACAUUAAUUAUCUUGUGAUUUAGAAUAAUUUCUUCUUCUUUUUUUUUU